UUAAAAUUUUAAAAACAAAAUACAUAAAUAUUUUUUUCAAGGAUUUUCUUUCGUUUGUGAAUCGCUUAUAAUUUUGUGAUGAGGUGAUUUGAUAAAUUUAUAUAAUCUAAUAUUAGGUUUAGAAUUUUAAUCAAAAUGGACACUGAAAUUAAAGAACAAGAAAACAACGCUAUCGAGGAGACAAAAAUACAAGAAACUAUUGAUGCAAGUCCUCCAACAGAGGCAAAACAAGAAGUUCCUUUUAAAAAACCCACAUUACUUAUUGGAAAAAUAGGUCGCCUUCCCAAAAAAGUACUAGUCGCAACCUCUACUGCUUCAAGUGUACCAAAGCAAGAGCUUAGUUCUGAAGAAAAACCUGCUGAAGAAAGUAUAGAAAUUCUGGAUAAUGAGGUUUCUUUAAAUGUAAAAAGUUCUGAGGACCAACCAGCCGAACAACUUGAUAGCAAACAAGCUCUUUCACAGCCACUAACCAUUCCAUAUAAAGAGCCAAAUUGGUCAGGACUGCCAGAAACCACUGGAAAACCCUAUGCUUUUGAAGUACUCAAAAACGGCAAAAUUAUACAAACCAUAGAUUUAAUGAAAAAAUCCUUUUGGGUUUUUGGAAGGCUGCUCAAUUGUGAUAUUUCCGCUCAGCAUCCAACAGUAUCGAGAUACCAUGCUGUAGUUCAGUACAGGGAUAUUCCUUCAGAGACGGAACCGCCAGGGUUUUAUGUGUAUGACUUGGGAAGCACUCACGGAACAUUUUUAAAUGGCAAAAACAAUAAGCUGAAGCCAAAAAUGUAUGCUCCUAUAAGGGUAGGUCAUAUAUUACGUUUAGGUCUCAGUCAACGCCACUACAUAUUAACUGGUCCCGAAGAUGAUCAAGAAGAAGAAUCAGAACUUUCUGUAACCGAACUAAAGCAGUUGAGGGAACAAAAAAUUAAAGAACAUAAGGAAAAAAUGCAACUGGCUGAGCUUGAACGGGAGGAGAAAAGGAAGAAGGAAGAAGAACGAGGAGUUGACUGGGGAAUGGGGGAUGAUGCGGAUGAUGAUGAAGAAAUGGGCGAAAACCCAUACGCUUCAACAAAUAACGAAGAAUUAUAUUUAGACGAUCCUAAAAAAGCCCUGCGUGGAUUUUUCGAAAGAGAAGGACUCGAGCUUGAAUACAACUGCACUGAACAAGGUAUGGGCCAGUUUCUGUGCAAAGUAGAACUACCGGUGGAUGAUGAAAUGGGCCGACCCAUUGUCGCAGAAGUGUUGCACCGAGGCAAGAAAAAAGAAGCAGUAGUCCAGUGCGCUCUAGAGGCAUGCCGGGUAUUGGAUAGGUUUGGAGUAUUGAGGCAAGCAACUCACGAAUCCAGGAAGCGCAAAUCCAAAAAUUGGGAAGAAAAUGAUUAUUAUGAUAGCGAUGAAGAUACUUUCCUGGAUAGGACUGGGACUAUUGAGAAAAAGAGAGAGAAAAGGAUGAAAGUUAGGGAACCUGAUAAAGUUGAGACUUAUGAAACCUUGCUUGAAAGAGAGCGUGAAAUAUCCUCAUCGAUUACCAGAAUCGAGCAGAAGCUACAUUUAGCACAAGAAAAGCAAUCAGGCGCUAGUUUAAGUACCCAACCCGAAGAAGAUUCAUUGGACUCCUAUAUGAACAUGCUGGGAAAAGACAAACUCGACAAGCAAACGAUUUCAAAAUUGAAACUCGAACUGGCCGAUUUGAGAAAGAGCCACUCUAAUGUAAUAAAAUUGGUAAACAUUGCUAAACCUGCCAAUUUACCAGCUUUGGUGCCCUUGACAAGUACAAGCACUUCUAACAUAAACAAGCCAAAGCGUGUUUUGCCCUUGUUUGGUAAACGCAGAAAAGUGCCUGUUAAAUUUCCUGCUAAGCCGAAUGAGAAUAUUGCAACACAAGCCUCCAAUGAGGAUGAUGAGGAAUCUGACGAAGACAAGGAAGAAGCCACAGAGACACUUAGAGUUCAAGGAUCAUCUUCUCAUGUAGAUUCGCCAAUGGAAAAUAAUGGACUUGAAAAAUUCAAUGAAAAUGAAACCAAUAUUGCUGGUUCUAGCUCAUCCAACGAUGCAUCAAAAGACAAAAGUUUGGCCAAAAAUAUCCUUGGUGCUAAGGAAUCAUCUUCUUCCCAUGUAGAUGAGCCAAUAGAAAAUAAUAGACUUGAAAGUUUUAAUGAAACCAAUAUUGCCAGUUCUAGCUCAGCCAACGAGUCAAAAGAGGAAAGUUUGGCGUUGAACGGGGAUUUUGACUCACUAACAAACCAUCAUCUAUCAAAAAAGGAACUCAAUACUCAAUUAAGAAUACACAAUGAAAGAGAACAAAUAGAGAAUGAGGAUCAAAAAAAAUCAGCAAGCAAAUCCCAUGAUAUAAACAAGAACAAACCAAAAGAAGAUGAGGACAAUAUCCCGAAGAAGUCUCAAAAAAAAUCGGAAAAAUCCCAGGAAAUAAAUUCAGAAGAAACAGAUGAGAAGAAACGUAAAAAAAAUCAGAAGAGAAACGAACAGAGACAAUAUAAAGCUGAACUUGAAAAACUGAAAGGCUAUGAAGAAGAUGCUUCAAAGGAAGAUUAUAAUAUGUGGGUUCCACCUACUGAUCAAAGUGGCGAUGGCAGAACCGACCUAAAUGAUAAAUAUGGUUAUUAAAAAUAAACAUUUUAUUUAAUCCACAUUAGUAUUUGUUUUCUCAAUUAAGAUAGUUAUAUCUUAAAGUAGCG